AUGGCUGGCGAAGACGACGCCGACGACGCCGUUUCACCAACCGCGGGAGGUUUCCGGCUACGCUGGGACGUGUUCCUGAGCUUCAGCGAAGACACCCGCUCAACGAUCACGAAGAAUAUCUACGAGGAGCUCGAGAAACGCAGCAUCCGAGUCUUCCGAGACGACGAAGGUUUGAACCGCGGGGACGAGAUCGCCUCUAGUCUGCUGGAGGCGAUCGAAGACUCGGCGGCGGCCAUCGUCGUCUUGUCGCCGAGAUAUGCCGAGUCAAGGUGGUGCCUUGAAGAGCUGGCUAAGAUGGGCGAGCGCAGCCGGAGACUGCACCUGAUGAUUCUGCCUGUGUUUUAUCAAGUGAACCCCUCCGACGUUCGACGGCAGAGGGGCCCAUUUGCAGAGCAUUUUAGAGCUCAUGAGCAAGUGUACGAAAAGGCCGUCGUCUCUAGGUGGAGGAUCGCCAUGGCGAAAGUCGGUGGUACAGCUGGGUAUAUUUUCAACGCCAGCGAAGAAGCAGAGUUGAUUCAAUUGUUAGUCAAAACGGUUUUGACUGAAAUACGUAAAACCCCUAUACGUCUUGCUGCAUACACUGUGGGACUUGAUUCCCGAGUUGAAGACAUGAUGAGGUUGUUAGAUGUAAGAUCUAAGCGCAUUAGAGUUGUCGGAAUUCACGGCAUGGGCGGUGUUGGCAAGACAACGCUUGCCAAGGCUCUUUUUAAUAGACUUGUGGGUUAUUUUGAGUGCCACAGUUGCAUCUUAGAUGUUAGAAAAAUUUCAGCAGGGCUGGAGGGUUUAGUAUCACUUCAAAACAGACUUAUUGCUGAUCUUUCUUCUAAACCCGUGUCUGUAAAUGAACUUAAUAUUGGCAUUUCUGAAAUCAAAGAAAUUGUAUACGAGAAGCGAGUUCUUAUUGUAUUGGAUGAUGUUGAUAAUGUAAACCAACUAAAUGCUUUAGUUGGCAACAGACAAUGGUUUUAUGAAGGAAGCCGAAUUAUUGUUACCACAAGAGAUAGAGAAGUCUUACCCAGUCAUCUUGUGAACGAGUUGUAUGAGGUCAGGGAGUUGCAAUUCCCUCAGGCACUUCAACUUUUUAGUUACCAUGCACUGAGAAGAGAAAAACCCACAGAUACUUUCUUAACUCUGUCUGAGCAAAUUGUGUCUCUCACAAGUGGGCUACCAUUGGCUCUUGAAGUAUUUGGUUCUUACCUUUUUCAUAAGAGGAGAAUAGAGGAAUGGAGAGAUGCUCUGCAGAAACUGAAACAGAUUCGUCCGCGCAAUCUUCAGGAUGUGUUAAAGAUAAGUUAUGAUGCGCUAGAUGAGCAAGAGAAGUGCAUCUUUCUAGACAUUGCAUGUUUAUUUGUAACAAUGAAUAUGAGGAGAGAAGAUGCAAUUGACAUAUUAAAAGGUUGUGGUUUUGAUGGUGAGAUAGCAAUUGCUGACCUCGUAGCAAAAUCUCUCAUUAAAGUUUAUGAAGACGGUAUCUUGUGGAUGCACGAUCAAGUUAAAGACAUGGGAAGACAAAUCGUUACAGAGGAAAAUGUUGUAGAUCCUGGCAUGCGUAGUAGACUUUGGGAUCAUAAUGAAAUAUUGAAUGUCUUCAAGUAUGAUAAGGGAACAAGAAGUAUACAGGGGAUAGUCCUAGACUUUGAAUCAAUGAAAAGGCUGGCGAAGGAUCCAAGUGGUGAUAGAAUUUCUUGGGAAAACUUUCGAAGAUGCCCAACUUUUACCUCUGCAGUUACAUACCUAAAAGAAAGAUACAAAACAUACUUGAAACUGAAGCAGAGAAAAAGAGACAGGUUACAAUUUGCUCCGAACCCCCUAAGAGCAAUGGUCAAUCUUAGACUGCUUCAAAUAAAUUAUCUGAAUUUGGAAGGGGACUUCAAGUUUCUUCCUGCAGAGUUGAAGGAGUUGAAGUGGUUACAGUGGAAAGGUUGUCCUCUGAAUUCUCUUCCUUCUGAUUUUCCCCCUCGCCAACUUGCCGUCCUUGAUCUUUCAAGCAGCAAAAUAGAACAUUUGUGGCAUGGGGGCGGUAACAAGGUGGCUGAGAAAUUGAUGCUUUUGAAUCUAUAUGGCUGCUUUAACCUAACCACCAUUCCUGAUUUAUCUGGGAAUCGGGCCUUGGAAAAGCUUAUUCUUGAGCGUUGCAGUAAACUGACUACGCUUCAUGCCUCGAUUGGGAAUUUGCAUACAUUGGUCCACUUGAACCUUCGAGACUGUGAAAACCUCAUUGAACUUCCAAGUGAUGUCUCCGGCCUGACAAAACUUGAGAACCUAAUCCUCUCUGGUUGCUUACAACUGAAAGAACUGCCAAGCAACAUGGACAGCAUGGUAUCAUUAAAAGAACUUCUCCUUGAUGGCACUGCUGUAAAAAGUCUUCCUGAAUCUAUUUUCCGGUUUUCAAAACUCGAAAAGCUCAGCUUGAACCAGUGCAAACAUUUGAAAGGGCUACCUGAGUUGAUAGGAAAGUUGCAUUCUCUGAAAGAAAUCUCCCUCAACGAUUCUGCUUUAGAAAAACUACCUGUUUCCUUUGGAUAUUUGGCAAACCUUGAGAAACUAAGUUUGCUCUGGUGUAAAUCACUGACAACUAUUCCUGAUUCCAUUGGCAACCUCAGUUCGUUAAUGGAAUUUCAUACUUACGGUAGCGGAAUCAAAGAACUUCCUGUGUCCAUUGAUUCAUUAUCAAACUUGAAGGAAUUAUCAACCGGACACGGUCAAAUUUUGAGCAGAUUGCCUGAUUCAAUUGGAGGUUUGAAUUCUUUAGUUGUGCUAAAAAUAGAUCAAACAUUAAUCACAGAACUUCCACAUGAGAUUGGUGCCUUGAAGUCACUUGAGAAGCUUGAGAUGAGGAAAUGUGGAUUUCUUAGAUCAUUACCAGAAUCAAUUGGAAGCAUGAGGGCAUUGACUACAAUAGUCAUAACUGAAGCUGAUAUUACUGAGUUGCCAGAAUCGAUAGGGAAGUUGGAAAACCUUACCAUGUUACAGUUGAACAAAUGUAAACACCUCUGCAAGCUUCCAGCUUCAAUAGGACAAUUGAAUUCCUUGCACAGAUUGCUGAUGGUGGAAACUGCAGUGACAGAACUACCCGAAAGCUUUGGAAUGCUUUCCAGUUUAAUGGUUUUAAAUAUGAGAAAGAAGCAUCAAAAGAGGGAAGAUACGGAAGAGAUUAAAUUUAUACUCCCCACUUCUUUCUCAAAUCUAUCACUGCUAUAUGAACUGCAUGCCGGUGCUUGUAAUAUAUCUGGUAAAAUUGCAGAUGAUUUCGAGAAGUUAUCAUCACUUGAAGUCUUGAAUCUAGGCCGUAAUAACUUUUACAGCCUUCCAGCCAGCCUGAGGGGCCUGUCUCUUCUCAGAAAGCUUUUAUUACCUCACUGUAAAAAGCUCAAGGCUCUGCCUCCGCUUCCCUCGAGUUUAGAAGAGGUGGAUGCUGCAAACUGCACCUCAUUAGAAAGUAUCUCUGAUAUUUCAAACCUGGAAAACUUGGCGAUGCUGAACCUUACAAGUUGUGAGAAAGUUGUGGACAUUCCAGGACUUGAAUGCUUGAAGUCCUUGGUAAGGUUGUAUGCAAGUGGUUGCACAGCUUGCUCAUCAGCUAUUAAGAAAAGGCUUGCUAAGAGCUACAUGAGGAAAAUAAGAAAUCUUAGCAUGCCCGGGAGCAAGAUACCAGACUGGUUUUCUCAAGAUGUGGUUACAUUCUCAGAAAGAAAAAACCGUGUUCUCAAAAGUGUGAUCAUAGGUGUUGUAGUCUCUCUCAACCAGCAAAUACCAGAUGACAUAAGAGAAGAACUCCCUGCAAUAGUAGACAUUCUAGCACAGAUCCUCAUACUGGAUUUUUCUAUCUUCCGUUCAGCUUUGAACUUAUUGGGAGUGCCAAAUACAAAUGAAGACCAAGUUCAUUUGUGCCGAUACCCAACUCACCAUCCCUUGGUUUCUCAGUUGAAAGAUGGUUAUAAGAUACGUGUGAUACGGAGAGAGCCACCGAUGAUGAAAGGGGUUGAGCUGAAGAAGUGGGGGAUCCAUUUGGUCUAUGAAGGUGAUGAUGAUUAUGAGGGAGAUGAAGAAUCAUUAAAUGAAAGCCUGCAAUCCCCUUCAGAAAAGAUGGCAAGGUUCUUCAGCUCUUUUGAAGAUGGUGACUGA